UGCCUGAAGAGGGGAUUAACGUGAAAACGCUCUACUUUCAAUGGAGACUUGUUAGGAACUCACGAAUUCCGGCUUUUUCUUUAUAAAGAACAAUAACUAAGUUAUUUUUUUAACCCGCAGAGUUAUCGUUUACAGUUUGUCGCGUAAUUCAUCUCGUAAAAAUAAGUUUCGUACAGAUCCUGAAGUUUGUCCACAAGUGGUUUUGAAUGAGGAAAUCGUCCCAAGCUAACGUUAUGUAGCAAGCUAAUCUCAUAUCUGUUAAACCAUCGUUUACAAGUUAUAAAUCCUACACAGAGGUAUGACCGAGUACAAGCUGGUGGUGGUCGGGGCAGGAGGCGUGGGGAAGAGUGCUCUCACCAUCCAGCUCAUCCAGAACCACUUUGUAGACGAGUAUGAUCCAACCAUCGAGGACUCGUACAGAAAGCAGGUGGUGAUCGAUGGAGAGACCUGUCUGCUGGACAUCCUGGACACUGCGGGUCAGGAGGAGUACAGCGCCAUGCGGGACCAGUACAUGAGGACGGGGGAGGGCUUCCUCUGCGUGUUUGCCAUCAACAACACCAAGUCGUUUGAGGACGUUCACCUGUACAGAGAGCAGAUCAACCGGGUGAAGGACAGCGACAGCGUUCCCAUGGUGCUGGUGGGGAAUAAGAGCGACCUCGGUACUCGCACGGUGGAGACGCGGCAGGCCCAGGAGCUGGCACGAAGCUACGGAGUGCCGUUUGUCGAGACCUCUGCCAAAACCAGACAGGGGGUGGAGGAGGCGUUCUAUUCGCUCGUACGGGAGAUCAGAAGAUAUAAAGAGACCAACCGCAGCAACAAGAAGAGCAAGAAGAACACUCAGAGACGCUGCAAUAUACUAUAGCAAACCACACACACACACACACACACACACACACGUGCAGCAUCUUUUACAGCACUUGUCUCAUUCCCUCCCUCACUCUGCACCUCCUCCUCCUCCUGCGUCGCGUUGGAGGCGUCCAGCACUGAUCUCCACGGGGCGGAGGAGGACGAGGAAGAAUCUGUUUUUACUGCUGUCACAGUGUGCAGAGAUUCAGGGUCGUCUCAACACCAGAAUAUUAAACUCAGACACCAGUUCAGUACCCGUUUUGAUACCACAGAAGCAAAAAAUAGAAGUCCCAUAUCUUUUUUUUUUUUUAAAUCAAUGAAAGAAAUGCACAAACACAUUGCCAACAUAUUUGUGCAACUCGUCUCUGUCUUUGCGUCGCUGCAGCUUCUGGUUUAAAAUCUGACUGAAGCUCUGAAGGUUUCUUAAGGGCCCUGACACACCGAGGAGAUCGUCGUCCGUCGGUCCUAGUUUUUGUGGUGUGUCCGGCCCCCGUCGGCCUUUUUUCAGCUGAUUCGACGUGUUGAAUCGUUCUGUGAGGAAUCUCUCUGAUUGGCUGUUCAGAGGUUUCAGUUCUCUCCAGCUCUCCUCUCAGGUUCAGGAAAGCCCCUUGAGCCUGCCUCUGUAGUAUCCAUGCUUUCACCCAUUAGUGCGGUUUCUCCUUAUUUGUCUCCUCCGCCUCUUCUUUUCUUUUUCCACUAAAAGGGCUGACAACGCCAGCGCCAUUUUCAACUUUUUAUCAGACAUUAAUCUCCAUUAGUAUUCUACCUAUAAUACGAGUGGUGAGCGACAGCGGUGUGAAAAUGGUCUUCUCCUAUCAUAACAGACUACCGCCCCCUGCUGGCAUGGAGGGUUAUUUCCUCGUGCAGAACGUACGUGGUGGUUGGCCGUCGGCUGUAGUCUUUGUGGUGUGUUCAAGUGCGACUUGAGGCGAGGGAGAAACUCUGGAUUAAGGCUCCUCCUAGAAAUAUCAGGAGUUUUCUGCAGGUGUGAAAGCACGAUCACAGAUGUUAAUUUGUCCACUGUGCUGUGUCCAUCCACACUGGGAAGUCGGCCAUUUUCUUCUUUAAUUAUACGAUUAAAUGACUUGAAACUUCAGUUUAUAGUCGAUUUCUUUUUUUUAACAAGUUGAGCUCAGCUUUAGUAUAAACUAAACUUCAGUAGGUGGUAGAAAGUAUUUUUUGUAUUUUUCCCUGAAUGUAAACGAGAUGAUUCUCUUCUUCUGAGUUCAGUCCUCUAGCCGAUGUUUUAACGACCGUUCAGGCCCUGUUAGGGGGUCCAGGGUUCACGCUGCGACCCCUUUUUAGUCCCAAAUCUGAAACCACUGUUUUAGUACUCGCCAUUUUUUUAAGAGAGGUGAAACCUGUGAUGAGUGAAUGUGAUUGUUUGGUACAUCAUGAAAACAUUACGAUCAAGAAAGAUGUUUUUGUUUUUUUUAAUACUGAGAACCUGCCGCUCCCCGACAGGUAACCGGUUUUUGUACGUUUGGAAAGUGUAGUCUUCCUUUCUUGUUUUUUUUUUUUUAAAGGUUAGCGUGUCAUCUGAGGCUUGAAACACACCAGCUCUAUGUUUUUUUAUUUCUCACCACAGCCACAGACGGUGCACUUUAUUCACCUCCUGCGUUGAUUGUAGCGUUCAGCUCGUGCCAUGUGGGAAGUGUCGAGCAGGAACUGAGGAGCCGUGUCAAACGAGCGGCUGAUCUCUGAUGUCACUUUGAAUUUUUUACAGAAUCAUUGAAGAGUUUGCUCCACAUGUUCUCUGUUUCGAGCCUCAGUGUUGUUUUGUUUUUUCUCCUCCCGUCUGACUGCAGAUAUCUGAGACAGUUCAAACGAUGUUUCAAGCACGCUGCUGGACUUUAAGGACGUUCAGUAGAGCUUCACUUUUUAGAGCAGUGAGUGAUUUAGUUAAUAACUGUAAGAGAUUGUAAAGAAAACAUCUAUUUUUGUAGCAUUAGAGCUCCCAGUUUAAGAAGUGAACAUCUGGAUUCAGAAACAGAUGUUUGUUUAUGAAGUUCAGGGAGCUCACUGAGUUUGUGUCCUGCUCUCUGAAUCAGUGCAUAAAGAAUUCCUGCUUUCAGCUGCGUGUCUCCGUCUGGACUUCAGAAUAAUGUUUUAAAUGAUUUUUAAAUGUGGAGAACUUCACCUGACCCCAACGAGUCGUUCCUGACCGCUGUGUCAUCUUUGAAUCUUCCAAACAUUCUGCUGUAACGAACAAGUAAACGUCUUCAGCUCUGA